UGUCUGAUCAAGUUAUUGUAGGUGGCAGCACCGCAUCACGUGAAUUUUCAUGGCGGUGUUGUAGGGCUAGACCCGUAUCGUCUUGUGAUUUCACCAAAAAUAUUGCUGUUUCGGAUUUACAGUGAAAAACAGCAUUCAUUUUAAAUAUCGGUGUACCCAAGGUCGCAUUAAGAUUUCAUGACGAUAAUUUCAGUGAGCAACAUGACUGAAUACUGGUUGAUAAGUGCCCCAGGGGACAAAACCUGCCAACAGACAUGGGACACCCUAAACAAUGCCACAAAAUCAGGCAACCUCAGUGUCAACUACAAAUUCCCUAUUCCUGACCUCAAGGUGGGAACAUUGGAUCAGUUGGUUGGCCUGUCCGAUGACCUCGGAAAACUUGACACCUUCGUGGAAAGUGUCACAAGAAAAGUUGCACAGUAUCUUGGAGAGGUACUAGAAGAUCAACGUGAUAAGCUCCAUGAGAACCUGAUGGCAAACAACACAUCGGUAGGGACCUCGCACAAUCAAGUAUCCGAACACGAUCAGUACAAAGUCAGUCAACUCAUUAGUCUCACUAAGUUGAAACUUAAGGCGGCCGCUCGGUCAACUUGUUUGCCAACACCAGUUCUGCCGAAUCCAGGCAUCGACUCAUACGCCGACCCCGGUGGGGGAGAGCCACCCCCCACACCGACCUCUCCGGUCUGCGACUCCGCUUACUCCGAACACCACGGGUGUUGGCCAUGCGAGCACCGCGAGCACUCAGAUUGCGCGGCCUCCCACUCUUCGCAACCGUCGAGCGGGCGAAGCUCACCGCGGUGGGACGAUGAUGAGGAAGAGGACCGCCAUCACAUCCUGACGCAAGGUUCGGACCGUAACUAUGCGCGACCUCACAUACUUAGCGAUCUGCCGACCUACCUGACUCGCUUCCAGUGGGACAUGGCCAAGUAUCCCAUCAAGCAGAGCCUGCGCAACAUCGCCGAUAUUAUCAGCAAGCAGGUGGGCCAGAUCGAUGCAGACUUGAAGGUGAAGUCGUCGGCGUACAACGCGCUCAAGGGCAACCUACAGAACUUGGAGAAGAAACAAACUGGCAGCCUGCUGACCCGUAACCUGGCUGACCUGGUGAAGAAGGAGCACUUCAUCCUUGACAGCGAAUACCUGACCACACUACUCGUCAUCGUGCCUAAGGCGAUGUUCAACGACUGGAACGCCAACUAUGAGAAGAUCACGAGCAUGAUCGUGCCGCGCUCCACGCAGCUGGUGCACCAGGACAACGACUACGGCCUCUUCACUGUCACGCUCUUCAAGAAGGUUGUGGACGAGUUCAAGCUGCACGCCCGCGAGCGCAAGUUCAUCGUGCGUGACUUCAACUACAACGAGGCCGACCUCGCCGCCGGCAAAAACGAGAUCACCAAGCUCGUCACCGACAAGAAGAAGCAGUUCGGUCCCUUGGUGCGGUGGUUGAAAGUUAACUUCUCCGAGUGUUUCUGUGCUUGGAUACAUGUUAAGGCCCUGCGUGUGUUCGUGGAGUCUGUCCUAAGAUACGGUCUGCCGGUGAACUUCCAGUCGGUGCUGAUGGUGCCGGCGCGCAAGGGCGGCAAGCGGCUGCGCGACGUGCUGCACCAGCUGUACCAGCACCUCGACCACUCCACGCACCACGCCGCGCCGCAGGACAGUGCAGAAAUGGCUGGUCUUGGAUUUGGGUCGGCUGAAUACUACCCAUAUGUGUUUUACAAAAUCAAUGUGGAUAUGGUUGAGAAACUUACGAAUUAAUGUGCUGAACAUAACAAUAAUGUAUAGGUGAUGUUACCAGCCAUGCAACAUCUGUCCAUCACAAUCUAGUGAAGAACAAUAGCUAAUGUUAAACCUGGGUACAGAUUACAGGUGUUCAAGAAAUCAUAUGUACAGAUUUAUUGCAUGCUCUAAAUGAAUUGUUAAUAAAAUAUUUAUUUCUGUUGCCAUUGAAAAAAAUAUAUAUUUGGCUGUAAAGUCCAAUUGAUGGUUGAAACGCAACAAUUCUUUUUCAGUAUUACGGUUGCGAAAUAGUUUAGUUAUAUCAGUUUGACAUAUGUAUAUUUAUACAGAAGUGUUUUAUUGGAAGCUAACAAAAUAAAUGCUAUGUAAAUAAGAACAUUCCUCAAUAUAAAAAUGUGUAGUACAUAAUAAAUAUUAUUCAAGUUACUGUU